AAACACUUUACACUUUCACUGUCUUUCUGUCUUCUUACAUUUUCCCCAAGUUCUCCGUUCGUGCUAACUGAGUUCGAUUUUGAUCUUCCACUUCGCACUUGCAAGUGGAAAACAAAGUGCUUUUUGUUGAACGUGAAUAGACACAAAAUUCAAGGUGUUAUUUUUGUGUGAUAUCGAGGAAACUGAGGUGAUUGGAUCUUUGACAUCAACUCACUAAUGGAGUGUAACAAGGAUGACGCUGUGAAGGCUAAGCAACUGGCAGAAACUAAAAUGCAAAGGGGUGAAUUUGUAGAUGCACUGAAGUUUGCUAACAAGGCCAAAAGGCUCUAUGCUGAUGUUGAAAACAUUGCUCAGAUCCUUGCUGUUUGUGAGGUUCACAAUGCUGCACUCAACAAGCUGUCUAAGUAUGAUAUGGACUGGUAUGGAGUUCUUCAGACUGAAAAAUUAUCCGAGGAAGCAAUCAUAAAGAAACAGUACAAGAAGCUUGCACUGCUACUUCAUCCUGAUAAAAAUAAAUCUGCUGGUGCAGAAGCUGCUUUCAAGUUGAUUGGGGAAGCCAAUAGGGUGUUGAGUGAUAAAGCAACGCGGUCUUUAUACGACAUAAAGGUUAAAGCCCAUGUUAGAGCUGCAGCAUCUAAGACCUCAUCCCAUCCCUCUAAUGGGAAACCUGCAGCAAAUCAAGUUCCUAAUGCAACAAAACAUCAGAAAAAAUGUUCUUCAAACUCUCCUUCUUUGAAUCCCCAUCUGAAACCUGCACAGCCGACAUUCUGGACAAUGUGCAGGCAUUGUAAUACCAAAUUCCAGUUCUACAUUUAUGUUAUAAAUAAGGCCCUACUCUGUCAGAAAUGUAAGAACUCAUUUGUAGCUCUUGCUAUGAAUCCACAGACUUUCCCAUCAUUCGUACAGUUUGGUGCCCCGAAAAAGGUUCCAACGCAGGAUCCACCAAAACCAGCCUGUAAAAGUAAUGGUGGAACAUCCGUUAGUAGUGGAUGUGCAGACACUUUUGUGCCGUCGUAUCCUUCAUGUAUGAAAACAUGUGCUAAUGGAGUUGGUAAGCAACAUAAAGAUGAGAAGAGUAAGGAUGGCUUUAUUCCUGUGUCCAAGCCAAUGAAGUCACAAUCUUCAAACAAUGUUGGAAGUAAGAGAGUGAGACAACCAGAACCAGAUUCAACAGAGAGAUUCAACACUGGAAAUGAUUAUGAAAAGAAAGGUUUCAAUGUUCGAGAAAAUGAUGCUGAUCCUUCAAGAUUGAAUGUCAGAAGGUCUUCCAGACAAAAGCAACACGUUUCAUAUAAGGAAAACCAUGAAGAUGACCAUGAUGCUGUUCCUUCCAAAAAGCCACGACAAGAUGAAUCAUCGAACAAUGCUGAAGUUGAGAGUAAGAACGUAUCUGAAGAUUCUCAUUUUCAAGGUGAUACGGUAUUGGAGUCGGAUGUUGAUCCACCAAAUUCAGAUAUGCCUUCUAGUCCAGAGACCAUUGUUUGUCCUGAUCCAGAUUUCAAUAAUUUUGAGAAGGACAAGGCUGAUGAUUGUUUUGCUGUUAAUCAAUUAUGGGCAAUUUAUGAUACCACCGAUGCUAUGCCAAGAUUUUAUGCUCUUGUCAAGAAAGUGACCUUCCCUUUCAAGUUGCAGAUUACUUGGUUGGAAGCUGACCCAGAUGAAGAUAGCGAGGUUCAUUGGUAUAAUGCAGAUUUGCCUAUUGCUUGUGGCAAGUUCAAACUUGCUAACUCUCAGAAAACUACAGAUCGUGGUAUGUUCUCUCACCAGAUACAGUUUAUAAAAGGAAAUGAGAAAGAUUCUUACCUAGUGCUUCCCAAGAAGGGAGAAACCUGGGCGAUUUUCAGAAAUUGGGAUAUCAAUUGGAGUUCUAAUCCAGAAAAUUAUCUGAAGCGUGAAUUUGCUUAUGUAGAAAUCCUUUCAGAUUAUACUGAAAAUCUUGGCAUUCAAGUAGCUUAUCUAGGCAAAGUAAAGGGAUUUACUAGCCUCUUUGAGAAAACUGGGAAGAAUGGGGAUAACACAUUCACAUUUUCUAUUCCACCAAAUCAAACUUAUAGGUUCUCACAUCAAAUUCCUUCAUUCAGGAUGAGUGGGGAUGAAAGGGAAGGUGUUCCAAGAGGCUGUUUUGAGUUUGAUCCUGCUGCAUUGCCAACUGAGAUAUUUGAAGCUGAAAAAGAUUCCUCAAUCCCUGGAAGAUCAAGGGAAAAGGUUUGAAUAAUAGUAUGUUAGGCUAAUGAGGAGUAAGAGCACCAGUAUUAAAAAGUGGAGGAAAGCCUUUUUCCUCAAGUUUUGAUUAAAUCCAUUCCUUAAAGAUGCUACUUUUUCUCAUGUAUAUCUUUUUCUUCCUACACAGCCUGUCUAAUCUAGAUAGAAUUUAUCCUAGUCUUGUGUUUUUUUGUUACCAGCUCCCAGUCUUGUAUUGUGGCUUGACGCUCCUUAAUUGUGUUUUAUGUAUUAUAAUUUUCCAAUUUUCUGUUGUAUGGUUGUUGCCUCCAUAUCUAAGAUCAUUUUCCCCCGGGAUGCUAUUGUUACA